UGCGUACCGGAAAGUACUGAGCGACAGAUCAAGGACGCAAAGGUAUAAAAGAGAGUGCGAAACGGCUCUGUCAUCAGUCGAGGUUCGUCCACUGCACAGCACAACAAUGGAGAAGACAGUCACGCUGAGCUGCGGAGGUCACAUGCCUCUUGUCGGGUUGGGAUGCUGGCAGUCCUCCCCGGACCAGGUGACGCAGGCGGUGGAGGCGGCGCUGGACGCCGGCUACCGCCACAUCGACACCGCUUACAUCUACCUCAACGAGGAGGCCGUCGGCGCCGGCAUCAGGAACUGGCUCGAGAAGACAGGCAAGAGCAGGGGCGAGAUCUUCGUCGUGACCAAGCUGCCCAUGAACGGCAUGCACGAAGGAGGCGUGGAGAGGUUCCUGAAGAAGUCCCUGGAGAAGUUACAGCUGGGCUACGUGGACCUGUACCUCGUGCACGGGCCUGUCGGCGUCAUUGGCAAAGACGACAACGAUAUCUUCCCGAUGGUCGACGGGAAACUGAACGUGGAUUUCGGGACAGACCACAUCGCCGUGUGGAAGGAAAUGGAGAAGAUGAAGACGCUGGGGCUGGCGAGGUCCAUCGGGGUCUCCAACUUCUCCGUCAAGCAGCUGAGGAAGAUCUGCGCCGUCGCCAAGGUCCCGCCCUCCGUCCAGCAGGUUGAGCUGCACGCUUACUUCCAGCAGCCAGACAUGCAGGAGUUCUGCAAGAGCCACAACAUCGCCAUCACCGCCUACGCCCCCCUGGGCUCCCCCGGCCGGAAGGGCGUUCCUACGCUGAGCGGCGGCCAUAUACCGGAGUUGCUGGAGGACCCCGUGGUGCGGCUGGUGGCGGAGCGGCAGGGCGUGACGGCGGCGCAGGUCCUCCUCCGCUUCCUGGUCCAGCAGGGCCUCAUCGCCAUCCCCAAGUCCGUCACGCCCUCGCGCAUCGCCGCCAACUUCGACGUCUGGAACUUCUCCCUGACCGACACCGAGAUGGCCGCCCUCAGGAGCCUCGACAAAGGGCCUUCCGGGCGCUCCUUCGUCUUCGCCAACCGCCCGGGGUUGAUGGAUCACCCGGAAUGUCAUGCAUAGAAAUGUCAGAAAGGCUGCAGUCAUCAGUUAAUACUCGCUGUCAAAGAAUAGCUUUGUUAUCGUACCUGUCAGCUCCUCCGUACAUGUAUGUAUACGUGUAUACGUAUAUUCACACACAUACAU